CGCCAAUAACAACACCUACCCUGGGCCACUUCAAGGUACCAUCACCGACAGGAAUAAAACCAGCGGAGGAAAAAGCGUGCAGGUCACCGCCAAGGUACUUUUUGGAUCUGUACACGCAAUCGCUCGCCUUAAGCACGACGAAAGGGUGGCGCGCGAAAAUAAACGAAUAUGAGAGAGCACAAUAUUGCACGCAAUUAGCUCUUACGGCGCGACUAAUUGUUAGUGUAAUUUCGUAUCGAGACUUAUACAAUGCGGAGGUACACCCCGCAUAUAAACUAGAUGACCAAAUAACUAACAACACGUACGACUUACGACAGACCAAUGACUCAAGACUUCUGGACCGUAUUCAAAAACAAAUCGAGGAUGCCGUCGAGUACGGCCUACAACAAAUGCGCGAUCUUUACCUCUUGAAGGAGCCGGAGUUUUACAAGAAAGGAUUAUAUUUGGAUCAAAAUCAUCCAGCAUACUUAUUGGCUUCAUUCAGGAAUCCUAGCGAAAAAACACUGCAUUUGGCCCGCUACGGUUACGCCGCCCUAGAAGCACGAAGCAAAUUGUCGCAACUUUCCUUCAGGUACGCCGACAGUCUCUCGCGAGAAGUGCCGUAUGUGCAAAGUAUACGCUCGAAGAGGCUCCUGGACGAGUGUCCUUUGAGAGGCUUUCCAAGAUGUCCCAAAGGAUUCGAACGUUAUCGAGCUGCUGAUGGCACCUGCAAUAACUUUCGCCAUCCAUGGCGGGGUGGCGCAGUUCUACCCAUGCAAAGGUUUUUACCGCCGCACUACGAUGAUGAUAUCCAAACGGUUCGCCAAUCCGUUCUUGGUGGCCCUCUUCCAUCGGCGCGUGACAUAAGCUCCUUAGUCCAUCGCGAUGUUCAUCAGGAAGUGGAUGCGAUUACAUUAAUGUUCAUGCAGUGGGGACAAUUUCUGGAUCAUGACCUUACAUCAUCGGCCCAAGCGCGUAUGUUUAAUAGAUCGGUACCACGUUGCUGUGAAAAUGGAGGUGUUGGGACGUUGCCACCUGAAUUAACGCAUCCGGAAUGUUUACCAAUACGCGUCUCCGGCGACGAUUGGUUUCUCAGCCAAUUCGGAAUACGAUGCAUGGAAUUCGUUAGGAGCGCCCCGACGUCAAGGAUUGAUUGCGAUUUGGGAUGGCGGGAACAAAUAAACCAGGUCACAUCGUACAUCGAUGCGUCUACAGUAUACGGGAGUGACCCUGAUGUUUCCGAUUUGCUUCGCACAUUUGAAAGAGGUCAGCUUCGUUACGGACGGUCACGCAAUCAAGGCCCUCUACAACCACCCGAUCCACCGAGGGGUGAAUUAUGCAGGCUUGGGGCGAUUACUACAGAUUGCUUUCGAAGUGGGGAUUUAAGGGCAGGCGACCAACCUGCCUUGGUUGCUUUACACACGGCAUGGCUGAGAUACCACAAUCGUUUGGCAGAGAAGCUGGUCAGCUUAAAUCCACACUGGAGCGACGAAAAGGUGUUCCAAGAAGCUAGGAAGAUUAUUGGAGCUUUUGUCCAGCACAUCACAUAUCGAGAGUUCUUGCCAAUAUUACUUGGCAAAGAAGUUAUCGAAUUGUUUGGUUUGGAACUGGAACCGAAAGGUUAUUACAAGGGGUAUCGCUCAAAAACAAAUCCUACGAUUGCCAACUCUUUUUCCACGGCCGCAUUCCGUUUCGGGCACAGUUUAGUGCAGAAAUCUUUUGUUCGCACUGAUAAGAGACAUCGCAUAAUCCGGAACAAUGUUACGUUGCACAACGAGCAAGUUAACGUUGAGAACAUUUGGAGUUUGGGAUCGGUCGAUCGUCUUCUGCUAGGAUUGAGCAAUCAACCGAUCCAGAAACGUGACGAAUUUAUCACAUCCGAAUUAACCAAUCACCUUUUCCAAUCAAACGGGGGGCGAUUUGGUAUAGAUUUAGCAGCUGUUAACAUUCAAAGGGGCAGAGACCACGGAUUACCGUCGUAUACGUCGUGGCGGAAACCAUGCGGUUUAAUUUCGCUUAAAACCUGGACGGAUUUUGAGAAAGUAAUGUCAAAAAGUACAAUCAAUCGUUUCAAAUCACUUUAUAAACAUUUUGACGACAUUGACUUGUUUUCGGGCGGAUUGGCUGAGAGACCGGUGCGUGGAGGCAUAGUAGGACCGACCUUUGCUUGCAUUAUCGCCCAGCAAUUCUCAAACCUUCGCAAGGGCGAUCGGUUUUGGUACGAAAACGGCGACUUCGAGUCGGCCUUUACGCCGGCGCAACUGCAACAAAUACGACAAACAACCCUUGCACACGUGCUUUGUAAGACAUUAGACGAAAUUGAGACCAUACAACCCUUCGUGUUUCUUUCGGUCGACCAUUCCCACAACUCGAGGGUUUCGUGUAACGAUCCUUCCGUUAAUAACUUUGAUUUAAGCGCUUGGGCAGAAAAACCCCGAGAAGACGUCGAUACCUUUUUAAGAGAAGGGGUCGACUACGACUUCGACUUACAUGACAUCGAAAGCCGCAAAUCAACAAAACGUAAAAAGACGAAGACGACAACAAAACCGACCUUCACCAACAAUAACAUACGGUACGAACCAUUAAAAAUUAAACUGAAAAACGUGACCACGACCAUCGUACAUUUAAACAAGAAGAACCAAUACGGACAACCACUGACGGUAAUCAGUUCCAAACCUAUAAUUGCAAAUGACCAAAAACCGACACACAUUUCUUCAAAACGGCCUACUUUCUCACAACAACGACCAACGGUACAACAAACUCCUAACGUCGACGGAUACCUACUAGGUUUUCCGGCUUCGGCAACUGACCCACCACAGAACUACCCCAAAAACCGACCUUCAUCUUACAGCUUUAACAUUAACAUACAAAUCUCACCGCCCGACGAAGACAACAUACGAAAACCAUACCCGGAAAAAAUAUCAGGAGGAGGACACGACCGAUUUCACUUCGACAUACAAUCGACCAACAAGUUUGACACAAGACCCGGCUACAAUUACCAACCUUACGCGACCAAAAAACCCGACUUUGGACCUCCGCGACCGUUAUACCAACCACCUAAAGAGACGCUAUACGAAAAGCUCCCCUUCGCGACUUCACCUAAACCCUACACCUACAACAUUUACGCGAAUAAAUUUACGACGACCCGACCCGUGACCAUACCCUCGUACUUAUACUUACAAGAAGAAGACACUUACAACAACCCGACCUACAACAAACCUCACAGACCGAACUACGAGCCUACAGAGGUCGUAUAUUACCCAGUCUUAAACGAGCAAUCGUACGCAAGGCCUAUUUACCACCACGCGCCUUUAAACUCGACCAAAUCUCUUGACGACAAAAAAUUUAUAAAAAUAUCAUCGAUUCGCGGUCAGAAAAUUACCUCAGCAGAAGACAUGAAACGUCCCAUUUACAUAUCGGUUCAGCAAAGGGAGGGAGAAAUUGAACUGGAAGACUACGACUCUGGAAGUGGUAAUCCUUCCCUGCUGCAGGUGGAUAUUGCCCCCAGCGAGGUCAGAGCGCACGAAUGGCGAACGUACGACGAGAUUGGGGACGUACAGCCCGCCGUACCUUUGCUUGAAAUCAUGCGCAUCAAUACAAGUACGCUAUGUGCUAAUGAAAUACCGCAUCCCAUAGAAGUUGAGUUUUCCUCCCUUGUAGACUCCUACUGACGCAACUUAAGACAUGACAUUAACAUUAUACGUAUACGUAAAGCUAUGGUUUAUUGUUCUGUAGGAUAUUAAGAUUAAUAAUCAAAUUAGUGUAAGCGUGACUUAAAAAUUUUUUGAAUCAUAGUGUGUUUCCUAGUCAUUUAUUUUUUUACUGACUGAACUGACCGACCCCUUCGACAUGUGUGGGUGUGUGUUUGAAUGUUUUUCUCAGGGUUCUAAUGAAUCAUUAUGGCUGUUACACUUGUGAUUUUCUUAGACAAACUAACUACCCCUACCGACUGACUUGACCAAGACGACAAUACGAAAUUUAUGUUACUAGUAAUUACCCGUUAAUUUUUUUUUUGAGGAGGUAUAGUAAAGUUAUAUAGAUUAAGUUGUAUAAUUUCCAGCUGUUACGCUGCCACUGGUGAUAUUGUUACACUACAUAUUAUGUAGAAUAGAUAGGCCAUGAAAAUAUUUAUUUAUUUACUUUAAUAUAUAUCACAUAUUAUUUUAUUUAUGGUACUGUUUAUGUAUUACUACAAUAUUUAGGUAGAUUUAAGUUACGUAUCCAUU